AUGUCGCGUACGUGGUGCCCUGCCUUGAAUAAGGAUGCAUCUCUGCAGCUUGAUACGAAGCAUCUACGCAAGAGGGCCAGUGCGCAGGGCAGCUGCAUUUCUUCAUCUUCGAGGAAAUCCACGAAGGAGACUGCGGCUGUUGCGGCCGAAUGUGGUGUUUCUGUGAAUCAGUUGUCGACCGAGCUAACACAACGUGUGGGGUGCUGUAUUUCCAAGUUCAGUGCCUGCGUCGUUGCCUCGAGGGCAAAUAUGGCUCAAUGGCCGAGCUUUGAGGACUCCACUGUAACUGUCCUCCACCAUGCAGAUAUUCCACUUGUGGCGCGAACAGAGGAUGAGGCAGAGAGUUUAGUACCGAAAGAAAUGCCUGUAAUUGCGUACCAUGCUUCGCAUAUACUAAAGGCACUAGCAGAAUUAGAGGCGCUUCCCGAUGUACAGCUGCCAGCUGACCAGAUCGUGGAUUUUAUUACCUAUGUAAUGCGCUUGGAGUCUCGGCGGAAAAACUACAGUAUAUCGCAGAACAUGCGGCGGGUGGCACUGAUGCCCUCGUUUUCAGCGCCAGUUUCUCUCGCCGACGUGCUUGAGGCUUUGAACGUUAACCGUCGCAUGUUGGAGCAAUUACGUUCUAUUGAACUUGCGGGGGAGUUCGAGGAGAGCACCGAAGACUCGGUGCUUGAGGAGUUUCUACAGGCAGCCCAGCACCUCGCCGUGCUAGAUGUCCCGCACACGGCACUUGGCCAGGUGGCGCCGACAUUGAUACCGCUACUCAAGGCUUCGACGGUGCGGGUGCUUAACAUGGAGGGGAAUGAGUUGGGACUGGUGGCCAGCGAAGGCGACGUUAUUACGCUUCUUGCGGAAUACGUGAGGGAAAACAAGUUCCUGCUUCAGUUGAAUCUCAACUACAACAACAUACCUGGGAAUGGCGCGCUGUUGCUCUUGGAGGCGCUGGCUGCUUCUGACACGAGGUUUACGCCGCAGGACAUGCCGGACGUGGAGAACGAGGGAGAGGACGAGGAGGCGGAGGGUGAGGUUCUUAACGACCUCGAUUUUUUCCUUCCCCACCGGGAUGGGGACGAGGAAGAGGAGGAGGAGGAGGAGGAGGCGGAGGAGGUGUUCCAAGCCAGGACCAUCGAGAAGCAGGAGACAAAGCAAUCCCCCGACGAGGAGGAAGAAAUGGGCGAUGACGAUGAUGACGAAGAGGAGGAGGGGGACGAAGCUGGAGGCGAGGAAGCGCAGCCGGAGGGAGAUGGCAGAGAGGAGGAGGAGGAGGAGGAAGAAGAGGAAGAAGAGGAAGAGAAACUUCCUCCCCACCUUGUGAAGAAGUUUCGGCGGCUCUUUCAGAGGUUGAUGCGCGAGGAGAGGGAACAGCGUGUCCUUUGCGUGACUACAUACGUGAGUGAGGCAGCCGCGCUACAGAAGGAACACGAGGCCAUUCGGACCGAACUCGCAAAUGAGAGGCGUGCCAGGAUCGAAAAAUACUGCCAACGCCGCAGUGGCUGGUCACACUUGCAGGUGCUUCGGCUGCGAGGCAACCCUAUCGGGAAUGCAGGAGCAACGGGCGUGGCGACGGUGCUCCGGCAUGAGGUGAGCCUGGGAGAGGAGGAGGUGGAAAGUAUUCAAGCGGAGCUCCUUGGCAAGGCAGACGAUCUUCUUAGUGAGCUGCUUUCAGGCAGGGGGAGUGUCGCUACCGAAGAGGUGGAAGACAGGCGACGGCUGUUAAGUAGCCAUCGCACUGCCUGGUCUGCACUGAAAGCAGCCUGGGCGGGGAAGUCGCAGACAGAGAAGGCUCCUGGUGCCGGCGUGUCGCCGCACCGAUCCUCACUUCGAUCUUCAACAGGCGUGGCGGUGGUUGGAGAUGCGGACGGUGCAGACGGGGAAGAAGAUUUGGAAGAUGCUGAAGGUGAGGAAAACCAAGAUGCUCAAAAUGACGCGAUGAUGCAUUCAGCAGGGGACGUCGGCUUCGUUGACGACGUGGACGAGUUUGUGGAGGAGGACGCGGCGCAGCUGGAGGAGGCGCGUGGGAACUGGGAGAUGCCGUUUCCUCCCACAAAACGCGGUCUUCAGUCUCUCCGUCUGCUUGAUCUCUGCAGUUGCCAAAUUGGGAGUGUAGGACUCAAACGCAUCGGCGAGGUUCUCUGCGAAAACCAGUCUCUGGAGAUUUUGUUGCUGCGGAACAACCACUUUGCUAGGAAACGGGUCGCACUUCACGCCGCCGAGGAGGACGCAGAGGAGGAGGAGGCCACGAGACGUGUGGACGUCCCACAGUACGUGUCUCCUGGUUGCAUCGCGCUCUUUGGAGCGCUCACGACAAAUUCGACGCUCACGGUGCUGGAUCUCGCAUACAACGGCCUCUACCCAGAGAGCAUCCGUGCUCUGGCAAAGGCGUUAACGUCCAACACGACACUCCAUUCGCUUGCGUUGGAGGGAAACUGCAUGGGGUUCGAUGAGUCUCCGUACCAAAUGGACCCCGCCGUGAUCAAGGCAACGGGGUAUCCAGUGGAUGUCAGCAUCCUGUCAAGACCUUCAUGCUUUCUGGAGUUGCUUAAGGCCGUUUCGGAGAGUGGCAUCAGUACAUUGCUUUUAGGCCAGAAUGAUCUCGCGCAGUGCUGGGCUUCUGAGGAGGUUGCGUGGUUGGCGAGGCUCUGCUGCCGACUUCAAGUCCUGCAUCUGAACGGAAAUGGCUUGACCGCAGAACACCUCACACAGUGGGCGGAUGCCAUACAAUCUGAUAUGAAUUUCACGCUAAAGGAUUUGCAGCUGUCACGAAAUAACCUGCAGGGCGAGAGCGGAGGGACCGCUUUGGGACGCAUCCUUGAUCGUUGCAAGGGGAGCUUGCAGAAUCUUAUGCUCGAUGAGACGGAACUUGGCUCCGCAGGUGCGGCGGCUGCGUUUGCGGCUUUUGAAUCCUCUACACUACAAUCACUGAGCAUGCAGAGGGCCGGAAUAGUGUCUGCGGAUGCCUUUCCUUCUGCCGUACUCGCUCCGCUUCGUCGUCUUGUUGUUUCGGACAAUCCUUUCAGGUUAAACGAGAUGCUGGGCCUGAUGGAUGUACUGUGUGGCACUGCAUCCGAGCUGAUGUGCUUGUCAAUAUGGAGUCGCGAGUUAUUGAUGGAAAAAUAUCUCCCCGAACUGCAGGAAAAGGUGCUCCAGAUGCCACGACUCCUAUUUGUAGACUUUGGUGUACUGAAGCGUUUUGACGACGCGGUGGAUGCCGAUGACCCGCUUGGUCAGCUGGAGGCUAUCAUUGUCCGGCGUCACACGUCACGAGUGGCUGGCGGUGUAGCGACUUGCGAGGCGUAA